CCGGGGGCGGCGGCCGCCGGCAGGGUCCACUUCGCCAGGACGUCGCGCCGCCUGCCGCAGGCGCUCAUCAUAGGCGUGCGCAAGUGCGGGACGCGCGCGCUGCUCGAGAUGCUGGCGCUGCACCCGCGCGUGCAGAAGGCGGCCGGCGAGGUGCACUUCUUCGACCGCGACGACAACUACCGGCGCGGCCUGGACUGGUACCGCCGCAAGAUGCCGCACUCGUUCCGCGGCCAGAUCACCAUCGAGAAGAGCCCCAGCUACUUCGUCACGCCCGAGGUGCCGGAGCGCAUCCGGGCGAUGAACGCGAGCGUCAAGCUGCUGGUGAUCGUGCGCGAGCCGGUGACGCGCGCCAUCUCGGACUACACGCAGCUGCGCAGCCACGCGGCCGCCACGGCCGCCACGGCGGGACAGCCGCCGCCGCCCGCGCGCUCCUUCGAGCAGCUGGCGCUGCGGCCCGACGGCUCCGUCAACGUCGCCUACCGGCCGCUCGCCAUCUCGCUCUACCACACGUUCGUGCCGCGCUGGCUCGAGGUGUUCGACCGCGGCCAGAUCCUGGUGGUGAACGGCGACCAGCUGAUAGAGGACCCGGUGUCGCAGCUGCGGCGCAUCGAGCGCUUCCUGGGCCUGGAGCCGCGCAUCGGCCACCACAACUUCUACUUCAACCGCACCAAGGGCUUCUACUGCCUGCGCAACGAGACGGCCGACAAGUGCCUGCGCGACAGCAAGGGGCGCCGCCACCCGCGAGUCGACCCGCGGGUCGUCGCCAAGCUGAGGCGCUUCUUCAGCGAGCACAACCAGCGCUUCUACGAGCUCGUGGGCGAAGACCUGGGCUGGCCCGAGGAGUGAGCGCCCGCCCGCCGCCAGCACCCGGCACUGCGCACGCGCCAGCGGCCCGCGGAGGCACCUGCGGCGCUCUCGAGCUGAGGCGGCCCUGCGCGACGGCAGUCACCGAGCGUUCCGGAGACGGCCGCGAGAAAAGAACGGACGGCGCCCCGGGCCGUGGACGAGGUUGUCGCCAUCUGGCAGUCGCGCGUAGAAUCUACCACUGCUGGACCCGCAGACUCUGCAAACACACAGCACAGUACUGACGGUCAGAUACUGAGCAACCGAGAGCUCAGUGUUCAGGCGACAGCAGAGUCUAUGCUACCAGUCGUAAGGGAGACGUCGUUUUUCGUUUUGUACAUUCCUCCACACUCUUUAACCUUCAGUUACCACAGACUGUACAACAAGAAAGAGCCGAACAAUUCGCCACCGAUGCUUUAUGUGACUGCGGAACAGGUGGAAAAAGAACACUGCUAAAAAAAAAGUGUAAUAACUAUUAUAGUUUUGAGCCCUCAGGUUCAUGUGCUCACUGUUUUUAAGGAAAAAAAAAUUAAUUGUAAAGUUGCUUUCUUUCCUACGGUAGUCACCAAUUAGCGCGUUGAUUCGUUUCACCAAAUGGCACCACGGAAUACGCGAUUAUUAGGUUUCCCAUGUUCUGUGAUGCAAUACCAAAGCAAUAAUACGUGCAGACUGCCGCUGGAAAUUGUAAUGCGAAUUUAAUUCCCGCGUUUAUAGCUAAAAUUAAAACUUUAGGUAACAUCAGGCACGGCACAAAUGAGACGGUGAAGUCUUACGAGUACUUGAGCUUUCUGUCGUACGCAUUGACUUUGAACGUGCUGCUGGAUUAUUCUAGGAAUGUUGUACUGUUUCUAAGAGUGUCAGAGACGAAGGGGAAGAAACUGCCGGGGAAAAGCGGCCCCGUUUCUCCCCCUUCAAAAUUUUUCACUUCUUGGCGUUUGUUUCUCGCGUAAAGGUAGCUCGUUUCCGACUGCGACCAGAAGCGCGUAUUUGGUUGCCUGGUGAUGGUCGCCGGAACUAUGGGAAGGAAGACGAUGUGAGUUGGGUGGGUAGGUAGUAAGUAGGAGGCAAGGGCGGAUGCAGCCGGGAUGCACCCCCGCCGGCGCCCCGGCUGCCUCCGCCGAGGGGGCUGUGGGGGAGGUGCCCGGCGUGCGUGGGCGUGGUACCAGGUUCUGCCGCCGCCCUGGCGUCGUUCGCCUCUGAAGACUGCGCGUGACUACUAUAGAGACAGACGGUCUGGGGCGUGUCCCAGCUGGCGGAGACACUCGCUCAGACCUCUAAACAGUCUGAGCCACUCCCGCACCGUUCCAUUCAAAUUGCUAUAGUCACACGUACCUCUGGAAAAAAAAUAUGUUUGCGGAGCAUCACGAGAGGAAAUGAAACAUUAGUAUGCCACUACGUGCACAAGGAACUGUUGGCGAUUCUAAAUCUGCUGCCCUGAGCGCCAAAACGAAGCUGGAGAUAAAACGCCGUGGCUCUGAAGAUGACAACAUUGCACAAAAACCUCAUGAACCUCACGCAACAAGUUCUUCCGUCUGUCGGUCGGCAGCUGUUACCACUUCAUGUUCACAUCUAGUUUUUCAGACAACUGGCGUGAAAACUGUUACAGUUCCAAAACAAAGGUCGUCCGACGCUCUAAUCCUCUUAACGAAAAGCUGUCGCUCUUACACAGACUUUUGUCACGAAUUCUGCAUUUCUUAAAUGUAUGCGCUUGCCGUGGCACACUAGAGGAACGAAGCACCGACGAUGUCACUCGUCAACACAAAUUCCGUGCACCAUUUCGCGCAGAAAGUGAAAGCUACACCGCACACCACCCCAUGAACAGCACGGCCCUUGAAGUUAGUACAAAAUGUUUCGCAUAUCGCUAGUGUUGCUUUGAACAUCACAAAACAUAUCGAGUCCUUCAGCUGAGAGUGCUUGUACUUGUACCACCUUCGUAGAUGGAUGUUUGGUCCAGAUAAUUGCUGACGUCUGCCGCUAAAUAACUUGUUAAGAGUUGUGACAAAGGAGUUGCUGACGAAAUUUACGGGGAACAGCACGCAAAUAAAACCCUCCGUACUCAUUCUCACGCCGAACACGGUAAACCCUACGCGCUAGCAAUUACACAAGAGUGGGAAGCAUGGGAUGAUGACGGCACGUAAUAGAAAUCUUAAUCGCAAUCAAAUGAUACUCGUAAUCAAACGUUGUUUGUUGUAACAUUGGCAAUACCGUAACAUUGUUUGAAGUUGAGAGUUGGCAGCGAGGGCGGCGUCGAAGUGCAAAAAGGUGUCUAAGUGAAUCGGUUAUCAGUUCAACGGCGAGUAAAAAAAAAAGUGUGCUCGGUUUUGCUGAAGAAGGAAAUCCUGACUAAAUUCCUCUGGCUGAAGCCACUGCUGCAGAAUGCAGCCAAUUGCAGUUUUCUCCGCAAAAGGAAUGUUUCGCUCACACGAAGCAAAACUUAAAACAAAGAAACCACAUAAUACGUGUAUGCGAGGAGAUUUUAUCGCUUCUAAUACAGUAGCUGUCACGGUUAUCCCACCACGAGAUGCGAUCGACACCAAAGACGCACGCCUUGCUGAGGUAAACUAUCACAAAAGUUUACACCCGCCGAGACGCACGGCAAUCUGAAACGACAAACGGCUGUGACGACGUCAAAGCACUGGACCUUCCGUUUCCGCUCUCGAUGCUUUAGUAAAAAUAGCAGUCAAACAGUACCUCGAGACAGGACAUUGGGGAAAACAGAUUAUUUUGCAAGACUCAGCAACCUAUCUGGAGCACUGCCAUACAGCUCAAAAGUAACACUCGAUACAGUUGUUUCUGAAUUAUAUUCGUUGGAAAAUAGCAGCAGAAAUCCUAAUUCUCCCAAAUUAGGACUAUAUUGGCCAUUACUCAACGUGAAUGUACAGUAUUUUGUAACCUACAGAUCUGCUGCUUAAUUCAGACAACAGAGUACUAAUGGAUGUAUUCGAACUAGUGAUAGUGACAGUAAGAAGCCUACCCUACUACAGCCCAACAGUUUUUAAAGCGAGUGUCCGACCUCAAAGUACAUCGGGAUGCAGCAGUCAAUUACUAUUUCAGAGCACGAGUUUGUUUACGUUUCCUCAUGACACGUUCGCAGCACAGAGCGCAGGUAGCUGUUGGAGAUACCAAACGACGACAGACCCACUCGCUGCCCCCGAUGCGAGUACCAGAGUGUCAUUUGUUUGGAGACGACAACUCCCAUAGGCAGGAACGGCGUCAGGAGUGUCACGUGACAGGCCGACAUGCGAGGUAGGGGCCCACGUGGCCGGGAACGCAGCACGACAGCUCGGCGCAGCAGAACCUGGUCCCAACGUGUGGAUCAUAUUGGUCCAUGAUGAAGUACGGCUGUUAAUAUAAGAUACCAUAUUUUUUAUAGUCCAUAUUGGAAGCUGUUGAUAAGUAUAGGGUGCGCUGGCACGGGUCGUGGUUAGCAAUGGCCCAGCAGGCUCCGCCGAAUUCUCAGCCUUUGGUGGAAGCUCGCGUUUCCCCUGCCGCCGGAAAUUGUCACCGCAGGAAGGGCGUAGCAAGUGACGCUCCCCCAAGUCUACAAUUUCCGCAGCACCGCGGAACAAACCAGGUCACGAAAGUCCUCAAUUACGUUGAGCAACACUGCUUCUGGUUCAUUCCACUUCCUCAUAUCUCAAUACCUCUCGGAUCCAACUCCCCCCGACAACUGACUUCCGUUCAUUCAGUUAGCUUGCUCGUACAGUUCUGUUCUUUUGGAGCUUUAUCACAUAAUAUGCAAUCGAUUUCGCAAAACUUACAUCCCAUCCUAUCUGGAAGGUGCGCAAGAUUGGGUUUAAUUCUUCCGAAAACGAUUGUACUUGCGUUAAUAUAAUUCCCAAUGAACACAGCAGUACGGGCAAGAGACCCGAAUAACCAGAAGUCACUUAUUACAGAAGAGUUACUUCCUUUCCAUUUUGUUAUGGAAUUGCAACUCUCCUCAACAGUUUGUAACAUGUAUUCUAGUCCCCCACGAUUUCUCCUCUCUAGUGCUUCUUCUACUGCCCAGGUAAGUGACUGUGGUCCACUUAACAUUUAUUCCCCACCAUAUGGUAACGAAUACCCAUUCUUUAGCAAGGCAUUUGAAAAAUUUUCAGUUCAUUUCCCUCUCCUUCCUACCGCAUACGUCAGAAAAUCAUCUUUAUUACUAGACCAACGUGCUGUCAGAAUCAGGUUUCUCUUGAAGAAAGCAGUCCUCCUCGCCUAUGCUACUUUCUGUCGUUGUUCUUCUGGUCGCUUUAGUGUUCGUACUUCUAUGGCAGAUAAAUACUGCUGUAUUGCACCCAAGAAUGAUAACUCGUUACUACAGUUGUACUUCUCUUCAAUGCUUAUGCCUUCGUUUUGUGCACUUAAACUCAGUGCUAAGCAAGCUGUCGUUCAAUUCAAAACUAAUUAUUACUAUUUACUGACUUUGUGCCGGAGGAGAAUUUCAUUUGCAAACGUUAAUACUGAUAUCUGUUUCCACUUAUGGUUUCUCUACUGUUCUGAAUUUCAGUUUGGCUUCCGUCACUGCCUGAUAUUUAAAUUGCUUGGAAUAUAGUUACGAAACAAUGAAACCGUGACUGUUUAAGGCCAGUUCACCCUUUUCUACCUUCGGAUCGCCCUUCAUCACAAUUUUUUUUGAGCAGGUGCUGUGAAUCAUUCCAAGUUUCGUACAAGUACGUGCAAGUACAGUAUUCAGCAUUGAUUUGGACGUGGAUUUUCCUCCCUUUAUUAUAUAGCCCAAAAUACAGCUGUCUUUUCCUCAUUAGAACCUAUUAGAUGAAUGUUGGACCGGUGAAGAUGUUCCACGUUCCAUAUUGAUGUUUACAAUUUUGACAGGUUACGCUACAUUCUUGUGUUCAUCGUAAUGGAAAUAAGACACAGCGAAGAUAACUUGGAAAAAAUUUGACAGUCGCUUUAGGGAGUGCAUUCUAUAGCGCGACUAGGGUUUCUUCACAGUAGCGUGUUGGUUCUGAUCCUCUUUGUGAAUUGUUCUUAUUUCGUGACCUUCUGGUCUCCUUCCUGUGGUUUGUUUUUGAAAUUUGCCUUCAUCAAGAUCAGGCGUGCUGUACUUGAACGAUUUAUCAGUCUCCCAAUCUCACGUAUUCAUUCAGGAAGAACACAUCCUUCCCGAUAUUCAUCGGGAAAUUAUAGCAAUAUCGUCUUAUUUUAAACAACCUUGGGUUGAAAAGAGAGCGUUUCAAAACGGAACUGCACGCUCCACCUUGAAUGCGGUCAGCUAAUAGCUCAUUCCUCUAUGUGUUGCCGCAGGAGACGAUCUUGGGUCACAUGGUGCCUUUGGUAGGUUCGUAUUUCAUCGCUAAUUUUAUUAAUAUAUGGAUCUCUUCACUUACAAUGGUACCUGAUAAAAACUUCAGUUCUAAUAUUCCUUGCCCUGUGUUAUCACGUUUCUUAAUGUUUUCCUAACCUUGCUUCCAUAAAACAGAGUAAGUUUGGAUAUAAUGCGCAUUACGUUUAUAAAAUAUUUCUCACAGUGCCUAUUAAUGGAUAUAUUUAGUUCGUUGCUUUUCUGUGUAUUAUCUUCUACGCGAGCGUUUCACCUAUUGACAAACACAUUGCAACCCAAAUAUUUAAAUGAAUUUGUGUGCUAUAUAACGUACCUAUUUUCUAUUAUACUAGCCCUUUUCACAUAUUUUCUUUACAUGAUCAUUGUAGUCGACAUGUUCACGUAAUAUAUCCUUAGAAUUUUAUUCAUUCCGCCUUUUAAAACCACUAUUAGCACAUGAUCCCCUGCGAGUAAGUUUGUCAUAAUACCAUUCCAAUGCCCCAAGUACAUUCAAUUUGGAUUCGGCUCUUGCCACUUCUGUAGAACAUUUGCUAUUUUCAUGUCAAAUAAUAAAAGUGACAGUCCACAGCCUUGUCGUAUUACUUGACUGACUACUAGGGACUUUCUGCAACUUAUGUUUCUAAAUACUCUACUUGUUUUAUCUUACUGGGAUGUAAUAAAUUGAAAUAAAUAGUAUUACAUAGGCUUUUUCUAUUAUAUACCACCGUAUUUUGCCUUAUUGGGUCGUGAACGUUUUCGUAAUAUGAACAUAGCCUACAGGAAAAAGGUUGCAUCCUCUGGUUGUCUACCAUCAGUUUUAGCUGCACACAUUGCAUCUAUACACAUUCGUCUUUUAUACAGUUGCUCUGGGGCUUCAGCAGUAUCAUUUCAGCUAAAUAAUGCAUUUUUUUUUCAAUUAUUGUGAGGUAUAUCUUAUGUGCGGGGUUCAGCCAUGGGUUUCCUCUGUAACUACUUCGAACGUUUUUUGUCAUCUGUCUUCUGUGUGUUGAUUAUCUUUCCUUCUUUUCAUCUCUCUCUGUGGUCUUCCCAGAGUUUCAUACGUAUUUUAUCUGUAACAACAAUACUGUUCGUUUCUAGGUUCAAUAUCUGACACGUUUCACAUUCAGGACGUCACAUCCCAAAGCUUUCAUUGAUUUUUUUUCUCUCCCAAUCGUGCUUCAAAUUCUACUCCGAGAGUUGCACCAUACUGGUUAAAGUCGACUGUAUUUGUUGUGAAAAGGUGUUCUGUGUUUCCCAACAGUUUUGUACACUGCGUCAGUUUCCUCGAAUGUCAGGUUUCUGAAGACCUAGAAGCAGAAUCUGAGGGACGCAGUAAUGUAAUGAUCCACCCUUUCUCCCCUAGGCUGAUUACAGAUGGUUGAGGCGAGAGACCACGGCUGUGGCAGUAGGGUAAGCGUGCUUCCAGCCCGGGCUACCUGAGGCGUUCGCCUGGGCCCCCGUCCCGUGCCACGCCUGCAAGGGAGGUGUCUCUGGGUGGGCCUCGAGGCUCCGAUGCGCCGCCACGUAGCCUGACCGCGCAAAAUCCUUCCACCAGUUUCACGGUGUUAACGACAGAGCUGACCGCACGGCGGCUGCGAGUUUCCCGCCGCUGCUGUUCGGUUCGCCGUAGACUAUAGUACAGUAUGUGUGUGUGCGCGCGCGCGUGAGUGUAUGUAGUUGCUCUCCAUUGUUGACGCUAGAGCCCCGAUAUUACGUCAAGUACGAUGAGUUAGAGACGCGCUCGUGCUGUGCAGGAGACAAACGAAAGAAGCGGAGAUGACCCUCUGCCAGAUGGUUGUCGUUCUGAUACACAUACAUAUCACUCUUUUAUUUAAAUAUAUAUAUACAUACAUAUAUGUCUUCACAGAGCGUCUUGACGCCACUAUGCAAACCGAAUGGGCUGAGCAGGUGAUCUACAUGAGUGCAUCUCAGCUGUCGCGGCAUUGUUUCUCUAGCGUGGCUACGCUUUCGUAACUAUUUGUAAGAUAAGAUUCGGUAGCCAUUCAAUUUAUUUAGCUAGAUUAUCUACAUGUACUUCGCAUUUCGUUGGACAUUUCACUGGCUACACGUCCUACCGCAACAGUAAGUUUCAGGUUGAUAAUGAUGUAUUCUGCAGUCAGUGAAAACAAUGGUAGAUUGCCGCCUGAUAAUUCCUUGUACGCUUGUCCAAUGAAGCCAAAAUAUUCUGUCUGGCAGAAAAUCAUAAGUCUCUUCACUUUGAACAUGGCAGUUACAUACAAUCGCCUACAAUCGCUUUGGCUGUAGCCUCAAUAAAUGACGCUUUUGUAUUUUAAGUAUAAUUCCUUGUUUACUUUAGCCUGUCGCAAAUACAUCAACUACCAGUAAUUAAGGGAAGCAUGCAAUAGGUUCAGUUGUAUUACAGCAAGUCGUUUUAACCGUGAUGCACAAUUCUCAAAAUCGUUUGCUCACCGAGACGAAUCGUAUCGCAUAUUACAACCACUUCUUCUCCUACAACCAAAAGUGUUUAAUUCUAAAUGAAACAUUUGCACGACGCAUCUACGUUAUGGCCCCUCUGCACGCAAGCUCUCUGGCUUCAGCCAUUUUUACAAUUAUGUUUGCCAGUUAAAAUGUUAAUAGACUUUUUCACCGAAAAUACGAAAAGAAUGUAACUGUCAGAUAAUUAUUUACGCAUAAGUUCCAUGCCGGUAUUGCUAGCAAAUCUUUACGUAUUCCUAAAUGUUCCUGGAGCCUGAACUUCAUAUUCAUCUAGUUAUCGCCAUGAGCACUUUACGGCUUAGUAGUUUUGAGCAGAUGUGGGAUAUUAAACUAAAAGAAAUGUGAAUGACAGUUAUAAAUCUACACGUGAAACGCAGGUUGUGAUGAUAUCCUGAGAGAAUGCUGGCACGAUUGGCGCCAGUUUAGCGUAAAUUUAUAUCCUAAAUCUAUUCUGUCGUUGAAACACGAUUAAUCUUGACGAGAGCUUUAAAUUAUUGUUCCGACCAUUUACCUCCUUAACCUAGAACGUAAGUUCCGGCGCUGACCACAGAGGUAACUGAUUUUCCCGCACAAUUUCCUCGACCCAGUACUUAGCUUAAGGAACACCAACAACGUGCCUGAGUGUUGCGAGAGAUUGCGCAUGUUGUGUGUGAGUGAGAAGCCGCGUCAGCGGCGAGUGUGCCAAGAUGAUUGAUUAAGAGAUGUGCAGUGAAAACUAUGUUAUUUUUGAUAGAUUUAAUUCCGUUAACAGUGUUUUAUAUGAUAAAAAUAUAUACUAUUGUUUUCAUGUAACAUCAUUAAAUAUAUAAUCAAGUAACUGGAAAAGCAA